UGCACCCACCGCGGCAGUUAGUCGUUCGCGCAUCGUCGUUCGGCGAGGGUGUUCUGUCACAAUUCGUUCGAUUCCUGUAAUUAGUACUGAAUCAUCAAAUCGUCAUUCGUCGAUCAGCUGAUUUUUGAUCAACGCGUGCAUCGACCUACAGCAUCUCUGACUACGUGUUUACGGACGACGGUCAUUGACGUCCCUCAACCUUCCCCAUCUGCAAUCAUUGGGACCGGUUGAGCACUGCCGUGAUAAGGCGAUCUCGGGACCGCUGCAGACAGAGAAAAGAAAGCGAGUGAGCCGGGUCCUGAACGACGGGAGGGUGUGAUUGAAUAACCGUGGAAACUUAAACAGAAAUUCUGGGUCAAGGUUUGUAGAACGUCGGUCGUCAGUACGAUAUGAGAGGAAUAUAUGGGUGAACACCAAACGGGCAAGGCAGACUCGACGAAAUCACGAACACGUGGCGGGAAUUGAAGCGGGCGCUGAGCCUGCUAUGUGUGAAGAGAUUUUCCGGCAGCAGCACGAUGCUGGAAGCACCGCCCGGAAGUCGCGAAGACCUCGUCGAGGCGGUAAGAACACCAUGCACACCCACAGAUCUGGACACGAUGUUAUAUGGAUAUACGAACAACAUAUACGUGCUGGACCACACUCCUGAAUCCCUGCCGGACAUGGAUAUGCUGCAACUGUUCGCCUCGCCGGCGGGUCGAGCACUGCUGACGGGCGACAAUCGGCGGAGAGGAUCGACGUCGACUUCCUCCAUGUCUCGAGAGUCUUCUUCGAGGACGAAGAGAGGCAGAAGACCAUCGGGGACGGUUAGCGCACCGACCACACCACCGAGGCAACGGAAGUCCAGCGUGGAACUGUACAAAGAAGCUGCAGAAAUCCUCGGUCUUACCUGUUCAUUAACUGAUAGCUGUCGAUGCAUCGAUUGCCAGAGCAAUUAUUUCGACUGCGACGAGGAUUUUGGCGACGCGAGGACGGAAUUGGCUGCCGGGACACCGAUUCUGCUGGACCAUGCUUUGUCACAUCCGUUAACGUGUUCCAUACAGUAGCAGCCGAAUAGCUCGUUUCGAAAUCGACUCUGUGCCAGUAUACUCUGCCGUCUGACGAACCGGAAAUCAUUCAGGUGUCGAAGAUUCACCAGGAACAUUGAAUUCGAGACGAAAAGUGGAUAUAUGCAGCUAUUCGUUGCAUAUAAUUUAAUCGCCGUACAUAUUGAAGUAUAUACGCAUUAAUUUAAACAAAUUACAAAAAGGGCAAAUCGCAGUUGGCUUUUCAUUACAAUUUCACGAAAGGGUAAUGUGAACAAUUUCUACUAAGAAUUUCUAUGCCGAGAAUCCGCACAAGGGUCUUGACUCUCGAAGAAAAUAUCGAAGCUUGUCAACUGUUUGCCUUCCUCCAACGUUAAUUGCGUUCGUUGCAUUUUUUUACGAAAUCUAUAACGAACAGUUGUAUGGAUGUGUACAAAGAGAGACAAAAGCAGGAAUGAGAUGUUAGAAAAGAAAACAGCAACCAAGAAGAAUGUAAUAACCUUAAGAUUUUGUAUAUUUAAAUUGCGUUUAAUUGUAAAAUGAUUCAUGUAAGAAUUUACUUAGGAGUACAGACGUACGAAGUUUUGAUUGUAACAAUCACUGAGAAACAGGAGACUCGCGACGCAACAUCACGAGCUUCAUUUUAUCAUAUGUUCUCCUCGAUGGACAACCAGUUUUGACGAUAAUCAAUGUAACAAUUUUGCGAACGACAAACGUAUAAUUUAUGGACAAUAUUUAACGAACUAAGUCGCGGUCCGAUUGCCUCUUUUUUUGUAUGAAAUGCAGGCUUAUACAUAAAUACCUAAAUACAUUUAUGUACAAAAUCCUUUCCCUCUUCCCGAUCAUACAACAAUCCGUCAAGUAAUCACGCUGAUCACUAAAUUGUUAUAAAAGGAAGUAACGUACAAAAUAUCGGCACGUUUUUAUUAAGCAUUUAUAUACCAUCGAACGUGAAACAUUCAAUGCGAUGUUACAAACACUGCAGAAAAAUAAAGUAUAAUAUAAUAAUGAAUGAUAACGCAUAUGACAAAAGGACACAUUCGCCUGACUCGAAUUGGGCGGAUUUGUUCGUCGAACGUGUAACGAAAGAUGCCAAACGAUAUGAAAUACGCCAAAUUUCUAUUACGAUUAAAAUUACUAACGACAACAAUAAUUAAGGAUGAGUAAACGAUAACUCUAAUCAAUAAUAUAUUUCGAGGAUGUGUGUAGGAAGGAAAGUGUGUACACGGUCAAUACGUUCGAUCACUAAAUAAUGGUUUAAACAGUUUGUUGGUGUACUAUAUGACGAUGAAGGAUUAUACAUAUUAUUAUACAUACAUAGUGUAUACAUACGUAUUAUAUUUACUACACGUUUUAUUAUUACACUUACUCCAUGAAGACUAGUAGGGUAUAUACGUUGUUAUUGAGCUCACGAUAAAUUAAAACGUAAAACGAAAGAAUGAUUCAGCAAUGAAAAUGAAAUAAGAAUACAGAAUACGACUAGAGAAAAAGUGAAAUGUACUGACUAAUUGAAAUUCGUACGUACAAGACCGAUAUACGCAAUUAAAGUUUAUAAAAUGGAAUUUUUUUCUUCGCAAUGUUCUAUUUCCGACAAAAGAGUAUAAUUAAUUUCACAAAAAUCAAUGCCUCCUCUUGGAAAUUUAGUCUCCAGUUAAGGA